UCCCUCUGGUCUAUAAUGCUGUUUGGGGAGACCGUAUGUUCUGCGUUUUGUUUCUCUGCGGCCGCAAAAGAAACCCUAGAACGGUGCUCCCUCGCUAGUUCUCUUUCUGUUUCUUCUUCAUCUGUGUGUUCGAGCUUGGAAGGUUGAGCUUUCUUUCAUGUCGACCGCGGCGGCUGGGGGUUACGAAGGAGGAGCAGGUGGAAAAUUUCGAAAAAAGCCGUUUCGAAAGGCGACGCCAUAUGAUCGACCAGUGACUGCACUCAGGAAUCCUGUGGAAGUAGGGAGCAACAAUGGAUGGCUUUCCAAGAUUGUGGAUCCUGCCUCUAGAGUCAUCACCAGAAGUGCACAGAAAUUUUUCUCUUCCGUGUUCCGCAAGAGGCUUCCAGCUCCAGAGGCGGUUCCAGCAGAGGCAGACCGUGAACCGAGAAAUGAACCUUCAGAAACAGUUCAUGCUUGGCAGAAUCCUUUUGGGAUAGACAAACCAGUUGUCAAUGGAAAUGAUAACCUGAGUAAUCAUUCUGAAAAUAAUGGGAUUGAUGAACUUGAGCACAUUCUGAAGCAGAAGACAUUUACCAGAGCUGAGAUUGACCAUAUAAUAAAACUAAUCCGUUCGAGAGCUGUUGAUACACCUGCUGAGGAUAAGAACAAAAGAUCUGAACCUAGUACAUCACAGCUGCUAGCUGAUAAUCACAAAUUGGAACUUGCAAAUGUUUCAGAGCAAGAAAAUGUAUUGGAUACCCGAAGAUUGCUGGGAGAGGCUUCAGUCCCUGCUGCUAAUUCAAGAGUCCUUGCAAAAGAGAUUGCUUCACCAGCAGAACUUGCAAAAGCCUACAUGGGUAAUAUACCUUCAAAAGUGUCACCAUCAACAUUGGGUUUGCGCAGUCAGGUGCUCAGAGAAGAGUUACCUUUGGUGAGUAAUGUGCCAUUUCCAAGGAAAUCAUCUGGUCUUUCACUUGUACCAAGAUCAUCAGUUCGCUUUGCUGGUGUCUCUGGGGUUUCUGAAAAUGGUUAUCAGACCCCAAGAUCCCAGGGGAGAUCUGCCAUAUACGGUAUGGUUCGUACACCAUAUUCCAGAAUUCAUUCGGCUGGCAAGGGUAUUGGGACCAUGGAGGAUGGGUAUGCUGGCCAAUCAACCUCUUCGUGGAUUUUGGAGAACAACACACUUUCUACUGGAAAACAGGUCUCGAAGCGAAGGAGUUCAGUUUUGGAUAAUGAUAUUGGAUCUGUUGGUCCCAUACGCAGGAUUCGUCAGAAGACGAAUCUAAUGUCUUCUAAAAGUAGUGGCUUACUGGUUCCUGAGACUCCAAUUCCUACUCCCGGAACUGCUUUCGGUUCUGAUGUCGCUCAAGGUUCUGUUUCUUUGACUCAGAAGCCACUUCUGCUGGAACAAUCCAAUUAUAACAUCCCAAAGAUGAGACUAGCAGAAGAUGGAGAUAAUUGUGCCCCUGGCACAAGUUUUGCUUCUGUUCCUUCUCAGUCGAGUGAGAUGGCCCGAAAAAUCUUGCAGCAGCUUGAUAAACUGGUGCCUUCUCCAAAAGAGAAAUCAGCUGAGCUCAAGCUAGAUAUUGCUAGAGAGAAAUCACCUGCAAAACUGUCAGUUAGUAUGUUACGUGGACAAGCUCUUCGAAGCGUGGAGGAAGUGGAUUCACCAAAAAUGCUGAAUAAUGUACAGAAUAGUGGUUCUUUGAAUGGUGUUGGUGGUACAUCUUCACGUGUUACUCAAGAUUUUGCCUCUCAAAAGCUAGACAAGGUUGAAGAAAAUGUUCCGUUGAGGAUUGCUGGUUCUGGAUACAAAUUUGCUCCUGAGUCUAACGGUGCUGAAAGAUCUACUGUGAAAAAAGAUGCUGUCCUUAGUUUUAGGACUGCAGAUUCGGCAAUUUCCAACUCUGUUGUGACCCCUCCACAGAGGAAAAGAGCGUUCCAGAUGAGCGUAGAUGAGGAUUUUCUGGAACUCGAUGAUGAUUGUUAUAGUACCAAAGAUGUACAUACAGCUGGCAUCAAUGAAAUCCUGGAGGAUUCAGCUGUGGAGAAGAGCAAAGCUGUUGCUACUGAAACAGUUACCGUGGAGAAGCCUCCAGUUUCUGAAAUCAAAAGUCCUGCAAGUUUGACAUUGAACAAAUCCAGUGAUACAGGAGCUUCUGACGGUCCCAAGGUCAAUGAAAAUAACCCUGGUUUUGCCGUUCCUGUGACAUUCCCCUCAAUCACAGUUGCUCAGCCAGCUACUCUGAGUCAGUCGCCACCAUUGUUUAGUAAUGUAGUUCCAGUGAAGGAGACAACUGUUCCGGUGUUCAACUUUGGGUCUAAGAGUAUUGACAGUGCUCCUCCUUUUACAUUUUCCUCAACUUCCAGUUUCAGUGAAUCGAGCGUGAAAUCCGGUGCUCAGACAGUCUUGAAGCUAGAGGCAUCGAGCAGCCCUGCUACAAUUAUUGAUUCAGAAACAGAAACUAUGACCAAAGCUGUGGAGUCAGAUAAAGGUGGCGGAGAAAAUGCUCUGAAGACCGGAGAUUUAUUUGGAAAACAUGAAAAUGCCGCUUUUUCAAGUGUAUCCACAUCGGCCACUUCAACCAUAUUCUCUUUUAGCAAUUCUAAUCUAAGCAAUGGUUCAAUCGCACCAUCUCCUUCGUUAUUCUCGGUCCCUGCCCCUCCUUCAUUGCCAGUUUCCACUGGUUCUGCAAAUGUGAUUUUCACCAGUUGCCCUACCACCACUGCUGUCGCCACCAUGAGCAGCCUGCCUGCCACAACUGCAACCACUGCAUUUUCUUCAGCACCCAUUUUCCAGUUUGGAUCCAGUACUACUGCGGCAGUCGCUCCAUCAAGCUCUAUGUCACAGCCAUCAAUAGCUUCCAGUGCAGAGUCAACAGAUGUGGAACAGAAGUCCAAGACAGAUCCCCCCUUUGGCAAUCUAAACCCCUUUUCUUUUGGUGCGACAUCUUCUCCACUUACAAGCACAGGCAGCGGCAUCUUUGGGUUCUCCAGUGUAGCCCCCACAAGUAAUAUAAAUUCCUCUUCAUCUGCCAAUAAUCUGAGUUCUAAUUCUUUUGGUGCUGGCACUGGACCUGCGUUUGGUUCUCAGACAGCUUCUGGGACUGCUAAUUCGCCCUUUACUCAGAGCAUUUCAAGCCAGCUAGGUUCAUCCACCCCAUCUCCCACUUUUGGCCUGAGUUCAUCUUCUACUUUCAGCACUGGUAGUUCUCUGUUUGGUUCUUCAAUCCCUUCUUCUAAACAGUUUAGUUCCGGUUCUGGCUUUGGACAGAAUUCUUCAACUAUGUUCUCUACUGGGUCUAAUCCUUUUAGUUCUGCAAGUGGUACUGUCAAUUUAUUUAGUUCCAGUUCGCAGCCGGCAUCAUCGAUGUUCAGCCCGACAUUUACCACUGCAUCAUCUCCAACAACAGGGUUUUCAUUUGGAGGUUCGUCAACUGCAGGUGCUGCUAAUAGUAGUGCAUCAUCCCCAGCAACAGGGCUUUCUUUUGGUGUAUCCUCGACUGCUGGUGGUGCUAGUGCAUCAACCUUGGCGUCAGGGUUUUCAUUUGGAGGAUCCUCCACUGCUGGUGCUGCUACUGGUAGUGCACCACCAAUGGCAUUUGUCUCAGGUAUUGCUGCCUCAUCAGGGCCAUUUUUCUCAUUCACAACAGCUACUGCAGCCCCCUCUUCAGCUUCUCUCGUCUCAUCACAACCUGUAUUUGGUGCACCAAAUCCAAGCAUCACAUUUUCAUCAUCUCCCACUAAUGACCAGAUGAGCAUGGAAGAUAGCAUGGCAGAGGACACAAUUCAAGCAUCUACACCUACUGCUCCGACAUUUGGCCAGCCAGCUACUACCCCAUCAUCUGGUUUCAUGUUUAAUUCUGCUCCUUCAGGAUCUCCCUUCCAGUUUGGUGCCCAACAGAAUCUAGUUGCUCCACAGAACUUGUCUCCAUUUCAGGGGUCUGGUAAUUUCGAUUUUGCUGCUGCUGCUGGAGGAAGCUUCUCACUGGGAACUGGUGAUAAGUCUAAUCGGAGAUAUAUCAAACCAAGACGAGGUAAGAAUCAUAAAAAGUAGACCUUGGGUUCUCCAUUCACUAAUCUGGAUGUAUUAGUGAUUUGGGAGCAGCACAGCCUGAUUAUCUUGAUUCUCAAGUGCAAGAUGAGCAACUUGGUGGCUGUGCCUGAUGCCCCUCGGAUUUCUUGGUACUAAAAGUAAAUUUGCCUCUCCCAGACCUGGAAGUCUGGUGGCGUGUACUUGGUCUUUUCCAAAUUGAGCUUAUAAUGUUUUAAAUUUUUGGUUAAAGCCCUUGUAGUGAUACCAAUGAAUGUUUUGCAGUCGGUCAUAGUUACUUUCUAGGUUUCAGGUUGAGCAGUGAUGGUCAUCAAGCUUUGUGCACUUCGUUGUGUAACAUAGGGAGGGAGAAAUACGUAUAGAUAUGUGAAGGUAGUCAGUUAUCUCUCAGUUGUCCUCUAUAUAUUCUCCUCCCAAUUUUAUUGAAUUUUGUAAUCUGUGUUGGUCCUGUUGGAAAUCUUUAAUAAUCCUUCUCUAGUAUCGGCUGAGAUAAUUUAUCAAUGGAAGAUGAUGAAUGAGGUUA